CAGCUUAAAUCUAAGUGUAACUUAAAUGUUAUUCCUAUUCCACCAUCAGUUUCAAACCAGCCCUCACCUAAGUGGCAGUUCACAUUUUGUUAGUCGCAGAUAUUAGAUGGGGCUUACUUCAUUGUUGUUGUUAAGUUGAUGUUCUGUGAUAUUAUUCUGGUGUUUUCUGGUUUUGUGUACUUUACUUUUAUAUUUCGCCAAAAUGACGACAUAACCUUCUGUUUUGUUGAUAUUUUUUUCAUUGGUGUUAUUUUAUUUUAGAAUCUAGAAGGUACCUAUAUUUCCAGAAAAAAUGAGUGAUGCCGAUGAGAAGAAAGUGAAGAGAGCCAGGUCAUCAAAUUAUACCCAGCAGGAGAAAAACCUGCUUUUAAAUAUCAUCUUGAGAUUCAAACAUGUAGUAGAAUCAAAGAAAACCGAUGCGGUGACCUGGCGUGAUAAAAAUUCUACAUGGACCAAAAUAGCAACUUUGUUCAAUUCUCAGUCACCAACUGGAACCUAUAGAGAUGUAACUUCACUGCGCAAGGUUUAUGAAAAUGUGAAAAAGACUGUGCGUAAAACAGUAUCAGAUGAGAAAGUUUCAUUUAAAAAAACUGGUGGUGGAGAAGCCUCAUUCAAUGAUGAUCCAACAAUAGAUUUGGCAUUAGAAGUUAUCAACACAAAAACUGUUUAUGGUUUAUCAAACCCCUUUGAUAGUGACUGUCAAGGUGAUAAACAGGAGGAAGAAACUGUUCAGCCAUACACAGAAGAAUCAUUCAGUUGCAAUGCAGAAAAUGUUGAAACUGUAAUAAUUCGCAUGGAAGAUGAAUUGGAUACACCUGUUGAUACUGUUGAUUGGGGAGACUUUAAGGUUUCACAUCUCCACACACCAGUGCAUUCAAAAUUGAAACAUAAUAGUUCAAAGGCCAUGAAGACCACCCAAUUGCCUGCAGAAAAGGAAUUUUCUGCAGCCACUAAUGAGCCUGAACCUUCUACAUCAACAUCUUGGUCAGCGAAAAGGAGACCCAUCACAUCUGCAUUAGCUUCAUCAGAUAUUUCAAAGAAGUAUAUUAUGCUUGCUGAUUUGAAAAUCCAAAUAGCAAAACAUGAGUUAGGACAAGUAGAAAUUUCAAGAACUAGAAAGGAGCAGCAAGAUAAGAUAGAAUUCGAACUUAGGAAGAAAUCAUUGGAACUGGAUAUUGAAAUAAAGGAAGCAAUUCUUAAAAAAAUUGAUUAUUUAAAUCCAUCAGAUUUAAUUUCUCUCAUGAAAUGAAUCAUGUAUUGUAUUUUUGAAAAUAAAAUUUACUAAUUGAG